GUGUUUCACACUCUGCAGGUCAGAAACGCACUGCUGGUUCUGAUGGUCCCGGUCCUGUCGGUCCUGAUCCAGCAGGUCUGAUCCUGGUUCAGCUCUGUGUCUGUGUGUGAGGAGGGGGAGGAGGAGGAGGAGGAGGAAAACAAGAUGUCGUUUGAAUUGUAGAUUUGGAUCAUUUGACGCUCAGCAGCAGCAGCGGCAGCGGCGGCGGCGGGAGGCGGAGCCGGGUUGGACUGGUACCGACACCGACACCGGGCCGUGCUGUGGAUGUGACGGAGGCUCUGGAGGCUCAGUCCGUAUUUGAUUCCCGUAAGGAAGAGGAAGGCAUGUGGAGGUGAAGAAGACUGCGGACACAGAGAGGAGGAGGAGGAGGAGGAGGAGGAGGAAGGUGUGAUUCUGCAGGGACUCUCCGCCUCCUCCUUCCCCGCGCAGGGAGCGCGCCGCGCGGCUGAGGCAGAGGCGUGACGCGCCCGAACCGCAUCUCCAGGAUGGCAGGUCCUCCUGACGAGCCCUCGGCUCUCUGUACUGGGAUCAGAGUGGCGGCCCUUUGAGGACGAUGGACCCUGUAAUCCCGCCGGGCCCUACCUCCAAGACCAGGACCAGGAGCAGGAUGGAGCCCAGAACCUCAGCGUGCAGACGCACACUCGGUGGGAUCCUGCUGGUGGCCGGCAUGCUGGUUUCCAUGGUGACAUCAAGCUCACCUGCUGCAGGUGUGCUGGACUUCAACAGGACGAUGGAGUCUUCAUCGCAUCCGUCAUUACCCUCCUCCUCCCUUAUCAGACCUCCGGCCGCCAGCCCCCUAUCAGAGUCCGGUUACCAUGGUAACAGCGGUGGCGCAGGCUCAGCAGAGGACUCAGACUCUGGUGCUCAGGGGAUCCACCUCCUGCUGAGACCUCCAGACCUCCUGUCCCCCAGCCUUCCCCCACCCCUGCCCCCACACACCCAGCCCACCCUCACCCCACCUCCCCCCUGGGAGCAGGGCCCCUCCCUGGAGGAGGCCUGGGGCUCUGGAGACUACCUGGAGACUCUGUCCUUCAUGGUGCCUGACGGCGAGGAGCUGGCCCUGGCCACACCGCUGCCCAACCACCCCUACGACGACAUAGGGGGAGACUGGGUCUCCUACGACACUGCCUUCCCCGCUCGUCCCACCAUCCCCCUAUCUUCCCGCCUUCCUCUUUCACCCUCCUCCUCCACCCCCAGCAUCACCCUGCACACUCGCCCCACCCAUCCAGAUGUCUUCCCCAACUGGGACGAGGACUACGACCUCGAAGACAUGAUGCCCCUAGAGCCGACGGAACUGCUGCUGCCGGACAUGAACAGUAUGGAGUACUACACCAACCUGCUGGCCCGGGAGAGGGAACGGGAACGUGAGCGGGAGCGGGACAGGGACAGGGACAGGGACAGAGACCAGGACAGGGACAGGGAGCGGGACAGGGACAGAGACAGGGAAAAGGACUGGGUCAACCGGACCGACUCCAAACCCCCCAUCACUCCCACAACAACCCAAACCCACCUCCCCCCUUCAUCCCCAUCUCCGUCCCCGAGCUCUGGUCCUCCUCCAGGUAGGGAGCCCAAGCGUCCCCCAGAGGGACCCACCCCUCCCCUCACCCUCUCACCUACUCUUACAGGUGAGGAUGAAGAGGAGCCAUCUCCACCCUCCACCACCGUCAGGGCCCCUUCGACUCCUUCUCCUUCCAAACCCAAAGACCACGUCCCGGGCCAACACCCUCCGCGUCCCCCUUCCAACAAUACCGGCCGGGUGCCUCCCCCUCCCCCACUAGGACCGCCCACCCGUCCUGACAGACCGGAGAGGCCUGCAGUGGUCACAGAUAAGCCAGUGAAGGCUACACCCACCAGGAUCACCACCACCAAGGCGACGACCACGACCACCGCCAUCACCACCACCACCACCCAGAUCACUGCCAUCAGCCUGACCAGAGCCCCCCCAGUCACUACGCCCAGAGUGGCCCAGACCCCGCCCACCAGACAGUACCUGUGUAAUGUCACCAAGCCAGAGAUGUACCUGGUCAGAGUAGUCAGCUCCAAAGGUUCAUCAGCUGGUUUCAGUCAGGUCAGAGACCUGCUGAAGAAAGAGUUCAACCGCUCUGUCGAGCUGCAGUUCCUGAGAACUCCAUCCAGUUUUGCCUUCCGCGUCGUGUCGGGAUCUUUGAUCUUCACCGCCAUGUCCGUCAUCAACGCCCUCCGCCAGCAGCCACGUGGCUUCGGCCCCAUCCCCACCGUGUCACCGCUCUACACCGUACCUGACCUCAGGUACCAGAUCCACUCUGUGUUGCAGUUUGUCCCUGCCCACGUCGACGUCAGAGUCUGUAACUUCAGUGAACGAGUCGAGAGAGGGCUGGUGAUGGCGUACAGCGAGACCCGGAAACGAUCGCAUGAGGCAGGAAAUGUCACCAUACAGCUGUUGAACAUCACCAUGGGAACCCGGCUGGCGGCAGCAGAACAGAAGGUUUCCGUCGACAUCGUCUUUGCGGUGCGUGAUGGGCGGGACUUCCUGCCAGGGUCAGAGGCUAGCGAACAUCUGAGGAAGCUCAGCCUGGUUGAGUUCAGCUUCUACGUAGGAUAUCCUGUCCUGCAGAUCGCAGAACCAUUCCAUUACCCUGAGCUGAACACGUCCCACCACCUGCGCUCCACCUGGGUCCGUACAGUCCUGUUGGGGGUUCAGGAGCAGCAGGUGACUGAGAGAAGUUUUAAAGCUCGUCUGGAGAGACGUCUGGCUCUGCUGCUGGAGGAGGGACUGCAGACCACCAACAGGAGGCGCCUGAGGAGAGCUACAGCUGUGGGCAACAACAGUCUGCAGGUGGUGCGAGUGGCGAGGCUGUUGGGGUCGGAGCGCCCCCUGGAGGUAUAUUAUUUCGUAGAAGGUCCAGGUGGUGAGCGGAUACCUGCUGAGGCCACGGCCAUCACCCUGAACCGUCUGGACCUGCAGAGAGCCGCCAUCGUCCUCGGACACCGAGUCCAGAGACCACUCGCACAACCUGUGGACACCCUGUCCGUCCCCCCAGCGGAGACUCAGAGCAGCAGCAUCUGGCUGAUCGUUGGCGUGGUCGUCCCCGUCCUGCUGGCCGUCUUCAUCAUCAUCAUCCUCUACUGGAAGCUGUGCGGCUCUGAGAAGCUUGAGUUCCAGCCAGAUGCCAUCAACACUAUCCAGCAGAGGCAGAAGCUCCAGGCUCCGAGCGUCAAAGGCUUCGACUUCGCCAAACUCCACCUGGGUCAGCACAGCAAGGACGACAUCAUGGUCAUCCAGGAGCCCGGCCAACUGCCUGCCCCCGUCAAAGAGGCCACGCCUUCUGACGGCGGAGACCUAAACACCCCCAAAUCCAAAGGGUCGUCCACGAAGGUGGCACGGUCCAGCCGACGCAGGGGCAGGCUCAGCCCGUCAGACGGCGACUCGUUAGGCAGCGACCAAUCAAGUGGCAGAGAAUCGGCAGAGGAGAGCACCCGUCCUGUGGCCACACCCAGUGAGGGGAAACAGCACAGGAAGACACCCAAAAAUGGGAGGAACAAGAUGGGCAGCGCUCCGGAUGAGCUUCUGUCCUCAUCCUCCAUCUUUGACCACGUUGACCGCCUCUCUCGAGGCUCCUCUGACGGCACACGUCGCCAGGCUAACAAGGUGCAGCUGAUCGCCAUGCAGCCGCGACCGAGCCCACCGCCACUGCAUGCCCCGCCCCAUCCGAGCCCCUCGCUGACAGAGAAGGUCAGCACGGAGGUGGCGCUGAGACAUAAGUCGGAGAUCGAACAUCACAGGAACAAACUGCGGCAGCGCGCCAAGAGGCGGGGUCAGUGUGAGUUUCCCUCCAUGGACGACAUCAUGGACGCUUUCGGGGAUGGACCAGUGCAGAGCGAGGUGGCCCAACGUCUCUAUAGCUCCGCCCACGACCACAUGGACUGCAUCCUGCAGGCCGACGCCCACUCACCCCCGACCCCCACCGACUCCAGGAGGAGAGGGAGGCGCUCUCCGCGGGGUCGGCGGACUCAGCCAGGACCUGGAAGUCUUCCUGAUACAGACAGAGACCGGCUGCUCACCGAUCACAGCGCCACCUACAGGAAGUACCCAGGACUCAACAACGUGGCCUACAUGUCGGACCCUGACCUGCCCCCAGACCAUGGCAGCCCCUCUCCUACUGAUGAGGUGUUUGACUCCGCCCCAGCCCCGCCGCCCUACAUGCCCCCCCAGCCCUCCAUUGAGGAGGCGCGGCAGCAGAUGCACUCCCUUCUGGACGACGCCUUCGCCCUGGUGUCGCCGUCCUCGCAGGGCAGCGCCGGGGUAAGCGGGGUAAGCCCUGCUCUGCCAAGCCCCUCCCCCCAGCCCCGCCCCCCGGGCAGGCAGUGGGGCUCUUACCCAGCUGCCCCCUCUCACAGCCCCUUCUCUGCAAGGUAUGCAGAGCUGGGGAUGUCUCCCACGUCAGUCCAGGGUCUGCUGCAGAGGCAGGGCCUAAACUCAGGAGGAUAUGUUUCUACUGGAGACCAGCUGCAGGAGUCGGUGUACUCCAGCAGGGGGCAGUAUGAGGACCCCCCCUCCUCGUCCAGACCACGACCUGUAGGGGGCAGCACAGGCGCACAGCUCCACCACCUAACUCAGGUGGGUUUGUCCAGUCAGAUUGGGGCAUACCCUGGGGUGGGUCGCAGCAUGUCUGGUCCCACUGGCUCCAGCUGGAACCAGCAGCACUCAGACCAAGACUUGUCCAGACCAGGAGCCAGCAGAGAGAGUGUGCUGUCGUUUCCUGAGUUCUCCUCUUCCUCUGUUUUCCAGAUGCCCAGCUCCUCGUUGCGGGACCCGUCAGCCCCACCACUCCUCCUGACCUCACCCACUCCAGAGUACCCGCCAGAGGACGCCUCACCAUCCGCCCACACCUCCGCCUCCCUUAUAAAGGCUAUCAGGGAGGAACUGCGACGUCUAGCCCAGAAACAAGCUGCAGUGACCAGCUACCCUUAGACUGGUCUGGGCCUGUUUGGAUCAGGACUCAACUGGUUUCAGCCCGUAGAGACUACAACCACAAAACUAACUGAUCCACACUCUGGACUCUCUUGAGCUAAUCUAUGUCUGUGCCGCUAAAUCCAAAAUGACACUGGACCACUAUCCACGUCUGAAAAAAGACUGUGUGUCCUGACUGAAAGACCUCCGGUACUUUACAGGGUCCCGUCCGUCUGUACGUCAUCCUUCAGCUCAGUGUUUCAUUACAUGGAGUUUGACUUUUCACAUUUCCAUUGAAGUGCUUCCUGGCGUGGAUCAUUUGAUGAUCAUCCCUUCUUAACUUCUGGAGUGGAUCGCCCCAGAAUGAUGUCCACCUGGACUUCUGGCGUGGAUCAUUCCUGUUGAUCAUCUGGAGUGGAUUGUCUUGGAGCAUUGUCCCCUCUGGAGUUCUGGAAUGAAUCCUCAUUCCCUGACUGGAGACUGGAGUGGAACAUCUUUUCUGACCUUCUGGAGGGAAUGAUCCCUCUUGGAAUCAGUUUAAGAUUGUCCUUCCUGGACUUUUGAAGCAGAUCAUUCCUUCUGACCCUCUCGAGUGGAUCCUCCCUCCUGACGUUAUGGGGAAUUUAAUCCAUCCUGGAGAUUUGGAGCACAUCAUCCUUCCUGAAGUGGUAAUUUAUUCCUAAAAAAUCUGGAGUGGAUCAUCUCUCCUUACAUUCUGGAAUGAAUGAUCAUUCCCUGAGUUCUGUUGUGAAUGGUCCCACUUGACCCUCUGGAGAGGAUCAUCCCAGAAUAUUGUCCCACCUGGACUUCUGGAGUGGACUGUCCUUCCAGAGAAGACCAUCCCUCCUGGAGUUCUGCAGUGGAUGCUCCCGACUGACCCUCUGAGGUGGAUUGUCCCUCCUGAACCUCUGGAAUGGACCCUUAUUCCAUGAUUGUCUUGAGUGGAGUGUCCUUCCUGACCUUCUUGGAGUGAAUGGUCCCUCCUGAUGUUAUGGAGCAUUCAUAAUGGAGUUUUGGAGCACUUCAUCACUCCUGGCCCUCUGGAGCAGCAAUCUGUUACUGAAAAUCUGGGGUAGAUCAUCUCUCUUAACCUUCCAGAAUGAAUGACCCUUCCUUGAGUUCUGGAGCGAAUGGACCCCUCUGACAGUCUGGAGCAAAUCAUCCCAGAAGUUGUCCUUCUGACCUUCUGGGGUGGAUCAUUGAGAGUCCAGGUAGAUCGUCCUUCCAGACUUUCUUGAGUAGAUGGUGGCUGUUAACCUUUCAAGUGGAUGAUCAAUCUCAACCUUCUGGAGGGGAUGGUAUCUCUUGAAAGUCAGUUUAAGAAUGUCUUUCCUGGACUUUUGGAACAGAUCAUCCCUUCUGGCCCUCUGGAGUGGAUCAUCUCCCCUUACCUCCCAGAAUGAAUGAUCCUUCUUUGAGUUCAAGAGCGAAUAGUCCCUCCUGACCGUCUGGAGCAGAUCGCACCAGAAGAUCGUCCCUCCUUGACUUCUGGAGUAAAUGGUCCCUUCUGACCUUCUGGGGCGGAUCAUCCUACCUGGAGUUCUGGAGUUGAUGAACUUAUGGAGUGGAUUGUUCCUUUUGAACUCCUGAAGCGACUCUUCUCUUCUGCCAGUCUGGAUGGAUCGUCCUUCUAGACCUACUGGAGUGGGUGGUCCCUCCUGUCCUUCUAGAAUCAAUUGUCCCUCCUGAAGUUCUGAAGUGGAUUGUCCCUCUGGACCUUCUGUGGUGCUAACCGUCAGCCUCAUACCAUCUCCUCAUUGACCACUUGUUGCCUUCCACGCUCCCAUCAGCCACGGAGAUUAGGUCUCCGCUCAUAAACCAUAUCAAUGAAGUCUUUGCACUGUUGACAGCUGGAGGUGGCGUACCUUUCCUACAACAAAGGGACGCAAAACAAGAAAAAAAAUAUAUAAAUAUCUAUAAGAAUGAAUAUAAAUAUCUGUAAAGAGAUAGAAUCCCAAUGAGCACAAUAUUAAUGUCAGAGUUAUUAUUGGAGUAUUGAGAUGUUACUUAUUUUUUAUUGCUUAUAUAUGAAAGUAUACUUUAAAUAUUUUUAUUUUGAUCAAAAAAGACCAAACUACUGUUCUAUGGUUGUAUUCCUCUUGUGUUUGAGCUCGCUGUAGAUUUUGAGCCAGCGCUUGUUUCUCUGUGGAGACGUUGCUUAGCGUAGCUGCUCGCUUGUGUGUUCAUGUAUUGGUGGCAACAAAAAAAACUUAGCGCUCAUGCAUCGCUUUGAUAUCAAGUUCUUUCAUUGCUGAUAUGUUGCAUCCAUCAGUUUGUGGGCAGAACGCUAUAGAGGAGGUAAAAUAUAUUAAUAAUGGUGCAGAGACGGGAAACCAGCCGUUCAUCACAACCAGGGACGAAAGCUAAAAUCUACACAUCAGCUCCCCCUAGAGGCUGCCGUGUUUAUCACUCACAAAAAAAAUAAAUGGGACCCAGGAUGGAGCCCUGGGGUGCACCGCAGCACAGAGCUGCAGAUGACAUAUUACUAAUACAACAGUGACCGCCUCAUUAGUGUUCCUCAGGCCAUUAUGUCCAUUACACCUCAGAAAACAACUCCAUUCUUAGCAUUCCUCAUUAGCAGUGAGGUGAAGCCAAAACUCAAGUGCCAAAAUGUGCAGUUCCUCCAAUGUCCACUAGAGGCUGUCUCCCAGAGGAAAUCAGUCCCCACAGACCUCCAUGUUAACAUGCAGAAAUAAACAUGUUGACAGCCUCUUUGGUCUCUGUAGAUCAUUUCAACAUUCAGGACUUUCGGGAAAACGUUUAUAGAACUCUAUUUCUACUAUUUACAUCUUAUUCAGGCUUAAAGUUAUACAUAAUUAUGGGGGUGGGGCCUCUUUGAGUGACAGGCUGUCUGCUGAUAUUGUCUUCGGCUUCUCUGUCAGAUCCACCCUCUCGUCCAAAUGUGGUCACUUCUGGCUUCAAAAAACCAAGAUGGCGAUGGCUGAAACACCAAACUCCAGGCUGUAAAAUGGGAGUCCAUGAACCAAUGAGAGACAUCACAGUGGUUACGUCCAUUAUUUAUAGUCUGUGGUCUGGUCCUCCUCCCCUUUGGACAAAUGACCAUCAGGCUGAGACGAGCCGGGCCAGUCACAACUGUUUAUCUUAUACUGGGUGUUAGAGACGGAGACCGUAAAGAAAAGUGCCAUUGAGGCAUUCUGAAAUUCAAAAAGGAAAAAAACAAGAUGGCUGCAGCUGAUGUGAAGCUGCUGUGGCGUAGGGUUGGGCAGAGUCACGGUAUACUGGUACACCAGGAUAUUUAAAAGUACCAACAGUAUGAUUUCCAAAAAUACAGACACUUAUCUCUCUGUUUAACUCAGACAGACGAGCUGUGAUGAGGAUGUUUUGUAUGUAGUUCACAGCACGUGCUGCCAGAGGUCAGGCAGUACCGGUGGAGCAGGCAGAUCAGCUGAUCAUCAUGGUGACUGUGAGAGGUUACAGGACUGUAAACAACUGACAGCAGAAAGAGACUGUGGGGAGAAACAACUCGGUAAAUGAGGGAUUUAUUUUGACCAAACAGGAGUCUGUAAUUGUUGGAACGGUGGAAAGACUGAGCCAGUUUGACCUAUCGUCUGUCUCAGUUUGGUGACAGAGAGAAAUUUAAAUUAAGAGGAUGUACAGUUGUAUCUUUAUCUUUAAUAAGGACAAUAGGUGUCAGAAUAUUACCUUUAUUAACAUGUUGUGAGUUUAUAUUUCUUAUUACACUGGAGAGCUCCUGCACACAGACACUGUCAUGUUCCCUAAACGAUGGGGUGGGGGAUAAAAUUGAUAUGUCGUUGUGUCAUAAUACUUUGUGUGGCAAUAUUGUAUUGAUACAGAGAUGCCAAGUAUCAUUUUUUUAUUAUAUAAAUUAUUAAUAUUGCAAAUAUGAAAGCAGAUGUUGACAGAGUUUCCUGUUGGGGAAAAAAAUUUGUGCUUGAAAAAAGAGUAAUAAGUCACAAUAUCAUCGCAAUACUCGACAUAUCACAAAACAUUUAAAAUCGCAAUAAAAUUGUAUUGUGACUUAAAUGCUGUGAUAAUAACAUAUCGUGGGGCCUCUGGUGUUUCCCACCCUACUGUAUGCCCCACUAAAAUAAAACAGAUACCACCUCACCUCGAGCUUCAGUGCGGUCGACCUUCACUAAAAGACAAACGAUGGACUGCACUGAACAAAGACGUGUUUGCCGAACUCACGAUAGGAUCUAUCAGAGUUUAAUAUCAGAGCUCGUCCCUGUGAGCUGUUGUCUGUUUACAUCCACCUGUCGCUCAGAUGUUGUUGUUUUUCCAGCAAGUCCCGCCCUAAUGUGCUGUGAUUGGCUGGUCCUGCCGUGCUGUGCGGUGAUUGGUGCAGACCUGGUCACUGGUUGCUCAGUGCUUUGUCACAUGUUGGUAACAGCUGUUGGAGAUCAGAAUGAUCGGUUGAUGCAAUAGUCUCUGUGGCUGAAUCUGAACGUCACUUCGGUUAUACUUAAGUGAUACGUAUAUCGACAUGUUUACCAUCAUCUCGUCAUGUUCGUGAGAUGAAGUCCUGCUGCUCGUCCUGUCAUUAUCCUGUCAGCCCAGUGUUUUUCUCUGAGGUCUGUAGUGGUGUUGAUGUCAGUAUCAAACGUUGAGCACGUUUUCUGAAAGCUUACAGAUUCGGAAGAAACGUGGCAGAACCACCAGCGAUCAUGGAGGCAGUGUAGAGUUGUUCAGGUGAGAUAUGACCAAAUGAGACGACAAAGACAUUUUAAAUAACAGCAGACGAAUUGGUGACAUAGUGAAAAGAAUUCUGCGUCCUCAUGUCCGGAAGUAUUUAAUGACCUCACAGUCCACCGCCAUCUACAACACUUCCUCUAUUUAAAGGUCAAAUAUUACAACCUCCUCGACCGUCGCCUCGUUUGUUCUUAUCUGAAACAUUUGACUCCGCCCUCUGGUGCCAUCUAUUGGCUGUGUGUAUGACAUCAUAAAGGACACAUGGAAGAUCUGUUGGUACAUAAAGGGAGAAUAAACGAGCCUUGAGGAUGAGGUUGGUUCAGCCUUCACCCUGAUGUGCUUGUUGCUGUCACGGCCUAGGAUCCGGGUUCUGACAGAACAUGAACGGGCGGUUUCCUGUCUCUGCUGGUUUCUCUGUGAUCUGGUUUAGGUGUGAGAGGAUGUGUUCGUCUCUGCUUUCUGCUGCUCUUCAGCAUGUUUGACUCAGUUUGAAGCUUUAGCUACUCGUGAUGUUCCAGUUAAUGUUAGCAUGCUGCUAAAGAUGUUAUACCAGUGAAGAGUUGUUCCACAUCGAGUUCAGAGUCAGCGAAGAGUGAUUCAUGUCACAGUGCCAUAAAUCCAUCCACCAUCCCAGAGAAAAAAAAAACAUCAUGAAACAUCCUGUUUUUUGUUUUGCAUUUGCUGAAGAUAUAUUUUAAUGGAAAAGAAGAUGGUGACAGUAACAGUGUGCAAUGAUGAAUAGAAAGCAUUAUGAACAUAUAGAAAAUAUUUUAUCUGUGAUUGCUCAAAGAUCUGCCCGGCGACAGCCCCAACACAUCCUUCACAGAACUCUUCACCGGCUGGAGACUUUAUGAUUGGACCUAGCACCUGUCAGUCAAGCUGUAAGGACUUGGCCUCGCCUACAGGAUCACAUGGUGCUAACGACUUGAGGUGUGUCCAAAACUCGUCACACGCCAAACACAAACACGAACUCCUGCAGCGUGGCGGCAUCCUGAUUCAGACUCUGCAGCUUCACUAACUUCUCCUGAAUGUUUCCUUCAGUGUUUUCUAGACUGUCUCUUUUCUAGAUCCUCAGUGAGAAUCCAGCAGACGACCCGGCGACCUGCCGACGCUCGCUCAUGACAAAACUACGACUCAGAGUGGGGUCACUCACCUGGGCUCUCAUUUAUAAACGUUAACAAGGCCUGAAAGAUACGUAUACCACUUAACACAUUAAAGUUGUGAUGUCUAUAAACAGACCUGGCGGGACAAACUUUGACCCGUGCUAACCAACAGUUUGGAGACAGGAAGUUGGCGACGCAGACGGUGAGGUGGAGCCUGAUUGUAGAAACUGGCGAAUAUUUUUUGGUGCACGCUAUUUUUGGCUUCUGUCCAUAGGUACAUUUUCAGUCUGGAUCUUACGUAUCGUUUUAUAAAUGAGACGUCCUUUGAUCCUCAGCACACCUUGGAUCUUAUAGUUUGUUUGCACACUGUGCUAACUCGUGCAAACGACACGCUGACAUGUGCAGACAGACGGUAACUUGUCUGCACCUGUGACCUGAACUGGUGUGAAAGAUGUAGAAACACACGUCGUAACUUCCUGUCACAGCAGACCGAAACUCGUUCCCAGACAAUAAACACACAGCUUCAUUUUUAACCUUCGUCGUUCAGGUUUCCUAAAAUAGCUGAUCUGAUCCACAUCAGAUCAGCUGAUCCAGCAGGACUCACUGUUCACCUGCUUCUGAGUUCAAACACCUUUUGAAGGUUUUGAAGUUCUCAGAUCUCAUCAGACGCCUUGAGUCGUUAGUUGUGUCAUGAACGAACUUCCGUACAGUCGAACCACAUUCCUGUUGUUCCUCUCUGGACCCUGAUCCAUCAGACUGCUUCACUGAGCUUGGACCAGCUGAGACCACCUGAGACCAGGUGAGGUCACAUCACUCCAGGUGUGAUUCAGCUGUGACCCAGGAGUAACUCAGUGCAGCAGCCUGAUGGAAACAGGUCGGAGGAGAAGUAGUUUUCAAGGUCACGUCAGUGAGCUGGACACACUGCCAGCAGCCUCACCUGUUCGCCAGGCGCCAGGUGAGUCGUCAGUUGAUCUGACUGUGUCACAUGACAGGACUGUGUCACAUGACAGAGCUGCAUCCUGUGGUGUUUCAGUCUGACAGGUGUGUUAACAAACAUUAAACAGAUGUGUUCAAACGUCACGCUGUCGCUGCUCGUCUUUAUGCUCAAAGUUCAAACUCAAAUUCAUCUGUUAGAUAUUUAGUGAUCAUAAAUCUGCUGUGUUCAAUUAAAUAGUUUAUAUUUUUCCUUCAAAAAUCACAGAGACCAAACAAGGUUCUGCUUUUAUCUGGAAAAAAAAAGCAUGAUAAGAUAAAACAUGAAAAAAGGUUCAUAUUCAGGACGUUGACAGCUUUUUGUCCAAAUUACAUUUUGUUUCAGGCCCUCAUGUCAAAUAUUUUUAUAUUAAAAAGUCCCAAAAAUUUCAAGGUGUAAGUCACAAUAUUGAGAAUAGUUACAAAAUAUAUUGGAAUAUUUUGGAAUAAUUUAAUAUUUGAACAGGAAAGCUGAAAUACUUUGAGAACAAAAGUCAUACUUUAUUUAGGAAAAAAAAGUUUUAUAAAAAAACCAAAACAACUAAUUUAUUCAUUAGAUUAGACAGAACUUUAUUAAUCCCUUGGGAAGACUCCCUCAGGGAAAUUAAGAUUCCAGCAGCACUGGAUAGCAGCACACAGGGUAAAGAGCUCAUAGGGUAUCAAAACUUAAAAAAAAAAAGUAAGUAAUAUCGUAUAGUAAUAAUCGGCACCUUUGAAGACGCUCAGGAUCACCUCACAGGUGAAGACAGAAAAUAACAACAGGUGAAUAAAGUCACGAGAUGACAAAAAAUAAAAUAAAUAAUAAUAUUUGUAAUAUUUUAGCAGUAAAACUUUAUUAUUUCAAACUAUAUUGUUUCGACAUUAUUUUCUAAAUUUCAGAUUUUAACGUUAUGAUGACGUCACAACUGUUCAUUGGUCGAUAUCAGUAUAACUGAAUCAUCAAACAGGAGGUAAUUUUGACCCAACAGGCCUCCAUACUGAAUGUCCAGGUACAAACAUCUUCCUCCUCCUCCUCCUCCUCCUCCUCCUUUUUUUCUUUCAAAACUUUAUUUAACACACAGGAAGUUAACAGAAUGCAAAUCUUCAACAUUACACACAUAUGGCAUAUAUCACAUAUGCCAGGGGGGAUAAGAGUUUACAAGAAAAUAUUAAAAUGAUCACAAAUAUUAAUGAUUGUCUUUUGAUUAAGGGAAAUUUGAUGGAGUCGAUGUACUGCUUGACCUCACUGUAGAAAGAUUUUCUAUGUGUAAACUUACAUGUAUGAAUGUGAAAUCUUGAUGAUGAGAUUAAUAACAAAUGUUUUAUUGGGUUUUGCCGCAUUUCUGUUUUGUUCAGUCAAAGAGUCCAAACAUCUUCAAUUCUUUUUCAAUAUUGUCAGCAAUAAAAUUACAAACAUCACUCCAGAGGCUUUUGACAGUGGGGCAGUGCCAAAAUAAGUGAGUAACAGUUUCAGUAUUUACAGAACAGAAAGUGCAUUUCACAUGGAUUUAACAAUGUGAUCAUUAGAUAGAUAAAAUCUAUGAAUUAUUUUAAAAGAAAUUGAAAAUG